AUGCCGGCAAAAGGCAACUGGAUAACCCAUUUCCCGCCAAUUCCAUCCCCUUCGACGCUAUCUCUCCACCUGUGCGGGUUCCUAUCCGGCGACGCCGUCCAAAUCCAGCGGGUCACCGGCGACCUGCAGUUCGCCGAUUUCGGGAGUAGAAAAAAGGGUGGAUUAAAGGGAAAAACGAGGACACACAAGGCGUUUGAUAAAAUGAUCAAGAGGUGGAGUUUUUUCAGCGAGGCCUUGCAAUGCCUGUGCGUUAUAUCCAUGAGGAAAUGGGGUGUGGUUAAAAGCUGUUUGUUUGUGGAAAAGAGCAAGAAGAGGAGCAAACUCUGUCAGGACAGAGAGAAGGAGUAUGCGGACACGGAUUUGAAGGACUACACACAGCAUGAGAGGCAGUGUUUUACCGCGGAAUGA